GUUCAAAAACAAUGUAUGCAAGAAUACACGUGUUUGAAUCUUUAACGAUAUUUUUGUUUUCACUUGUUUUGAAAAUUUAUUAAAUUAUUAUCGAUUAUCGAUUAUCUGUCAUGGGAUUUCGUGGAGGCGGAAGAGGCGGUAGCUUCAAUAGAGGACGAGGAGGUGGUGGAUUCGGUAGAGGUGGGGGUCGCGGUGGUGGUCGUGGUGGUGGAAAGUUUGGCGGUCGCGGUCAGCAAGACGAUGGUCCACCCGAGCAAGUUGUCGAAUUUGGCCACUAUACACAUCCUUGCCUGAAUCAAUUGAUCAUCAAAUCUGGUAUCGAAGAUGUUCCAUUUUUCAACGCUCCAAUAUAUACUGAAGAUAAACAUCGUAUUGGAAAAGUUGAUGAAAUUUUCGGCUCGAUACGAGAUUAUUAUGUUUCCGUGGAACUGAUGGAAAACUUUUUUGCCAAUUCUUUUAAAGUGGAUACCAAAUUUUAUAUCGAUCCUCAAAAAUUACUACCAUUAACUCGUUUCUUAGGACCACCCGGUGGUGGUAAAAAAGGUGGACCAAGUAGAGGUGGCGGCCGAGGGGGACGUGGUACUGGAUUCAAUAGAGGCGGUGGUAAUCGUGGAAGCUUUUCAAAUCGAGGUGGCGGAAACCGCGGUAGUUUCAGUAACCGAGGCGGAAAUUUUGGAGGAAGAGGUGGUGGGCGUGGUGGAAGCUUCGGUGGUAGGGGAGGAAAUCGAGGUCGUGGUGGUGGUGGUUUCCGUGGUGGAUUUCGUGGAGGAAAACAAUAGAAUUAUUCAUUUUCAUCAAUGCCCAUUCUACAUCGACAUUUUUUUUUUUUUUUUUUUUUUUGUACAUCAUAAAUGUUUCAUCAGUGUCGGUAUUGUCAUAUUAUAUUUUUAAAAAAUAAAUAAAUAUUGAAGAUGCUUUUA